UCCUCUCUCUCUCUCUCUCUCUCUGUGUUUGAAUAAGGAAACCCCCAAAAAGGAAAUUAAAAAAGAAAAGCGGCAAGUCCUACAACCACCCCCCACACAGGUCCAACUCACAUUCACCGCCCAAUCAAACCUCGCCACGUCACACCCACAAAUGCUGUAAAGGCCUCCCCUCCAUCACGCACACAACUCUCACAGUCAUCUCUCUCUCUCUCACAGUCUCUUUUUGCUUUUGCCAAACCAAUACCAAACCCUCUCUCUCUCUCUCUCUGAGCUCAGAACUUAAUCGAUGAGCUCGCCGGAAUCUGACGUGUCCAUCCCCCCCGAUUCCCAAACCCUAAAAACCAAAACCGAGCAACUAGAUUAAGCUCUUUUUACCCUCCUUUCAAUAAAUAUAGAGGAUCCUUUUAUCCUUUUAUCUCUAAAUUAAGCUCAGAAAGAGACUCAACAGUCACACACUAUGUACGUGGUUCCGCCACCUCAGCGAUCGGAUCCCGGGUCCGGAUCCAACGAUUUACGGGUCUACCAAGCCUGGAAAGGCAGCAAUAUAUUUUUUCUUCAGGGAAGGUUCAUAUUUGGACCAGAUGUAAGAUCACUGGGAUUGACCAUAUUUCUUAUCGUUGCUCCUGUUGCAGUUUUCUGUGUCUUUGUUGCCAGAAAACUGAUGGAUGUCUAUUCUAAUCACUGGGGAGUAUCAAUAAUGGUUGUUUCUGUUGUGUUCACUAUUUAUAUUUUAGUUCUUCUUCUGCUAACCUCUGGAAGAGAUCCUGGUAUAAUUCCACGCAAUGCACACCCUCCCGAACCAGAAGGCUUUGAUGGGAAUGUAGAAGUUGGGGCUAGUCAAACUCCACAGUUACGUUUGCCUCGCAUCAAGGAAGUAGAGGUCAAUGGGAUCAUUAUAAAGAUUAAAUACUGUGAUACUUGCAUGCUUUACAGACCUGCUCGCUGCUCACAUUGUUCAAUUUGCAAUAACUGUGUGGAGCGAUUUGACCACCACUGCCCCUGGGUUGGGCAGUGUAUUGGGCGGCGAAAUUAUCGAUUCUUUUUCAUGUUUGUCUUCUCGACGACCCUUCUUUGUAUAUAUGUCUUUGCAUUCUGCUGGGUCUACAUCAGAAGGAUCAUGGAAGGAGAGCAGACAUCAAUUUGGAAAGCAAUGAUCAAAACACCAGCCUCCAUUGUGCUAAUAGUUUACACUUUCAUAUCUAUGUGGUUUGUUGGUGGCCUUACUGCCUUCCAUUUAUAUCUCAUCAGUACAAAUCAGACAACAUAUGAAAAUUUCAGAUAUCGAUAUGAUCGACGAGCUAAUCCCUUUAACAAAGGAGUGGUGGACAACUUCAAGGAAAUAUUUUGCACCAGCAUUCCUGAGUCCAAGAACAAUUUCAGGGCAAAGGUGCCAAGGGAAGCUGGGUUACCUGCAAGGCCAGCGGGUGGGGGUUUUAUGAGUCCAAAUAUGGGGAAAGCUGUGGAGGACAUAGAAAUGGGCAGGAAAACAGUAUGGGAAGACAUGGCUGCUGGGGCAGAUAAUUGUGAAGCGCAACUUAACAGUAAUGAUCGCAUGAAUAUAAAGGAUGGUGAAUUAGGUGAAAUUGCUCCAGAUAUAAGGACUACAGUAGAUGCCCCAGGGGAGCGUGCCGGAAUACAUCCCAGGAGAUCCAGUUGGGGAAGGAAAAGUGGUAGCUGGGAAAUGUCACCUGAAGUACUUGCUUUGGCAGCAAGAGUGGGGGAACCAAACCGUGUUGGUGGGAGUAGCAGCAGCACCUUGACAACCGAGAACCGAAAUUCAUAGCCAAUGUAUGAUGGAUUACUGGACUUAGGAAAUGAGAUGGGAUUUGAUUUGGUUGGUGUAGAGUGGAUUCAUUGAAGUUUCACGGUUCGUCACUCAACUUCCACUUAAUAUUAUUUGCAAUAGGGAGGGUGGGGGGGACUUUUGCUGGGUUGUAAGUGUUGAUUUGGCUGUUGUGGUGUGUUGUUAUAAGAGUGAGCUUUUCUUGAGUCAUGGUUUUGGUACCACAUUUGUGGAAUUAUUUAGCGUCUAGUUGUAUUGCAAUUGUGGAAUUAGUGUCAAUUAUCUGGCUAA